AUGUCGAGUCCGACGGGUUCUCAGAUCCCUGACCCAGAAAUCCCCACUCAAGAUGAAACAAGCAAUUCCCAUCAAUGUUCGCAGACCGAAACACUAGAAGAAGAAGAAUCCCAAAACCUAGAUAACCCUCAAGAUCAAGAAGUUGCUGAUCAAGAAGACCCAAAAUCCCAUCCAGAAGAAAACCCAGACGAUGAAUUCUUAGGUGAGGCUCUUCCUUUACCUCCUGCUAUUCAUGUGGCGUUUCCACCCAUGGGUGGAGACAUGCUUGAUGCCCCUUUGCCCUCACCCGCUAACCAUAACAGGCGCGCCCCCAAGCGCAAGAAGAGUAAAAUUUAUGCCAAGAAGCAACAGGCUAUAGAUAAGAAAUUGAGUACCCUUUUGGGGAGUUUGAACCCUAUUCCCUUUGUGCCCUCCAAGGUUCUUGAUUUCAGUAAACAUGAGAAGCUGAUGAAGCAGUUAGGGCUGUGGGAAUUCGUUCAUAUAGAGUUUGAUCAGAAUAUUAGGGUUGAUUUGAUUGCUCAGUUGGUUGCAUCUUAUGACCCGAAACUUAGGUGUAGUUAUGUGAAUGAGCGCAGGAUCCAAGUGAAUAGGGCAGAUUUAGGGCGGGCUCUUAAGCUGCAUGUGAAGAAGGAGAAGGGUGGGGGAAAUGUGUUGGAGGGUGUGGACUUAGAUGGGGAGUCAUUGCCCGAUGAGUCCGUUGCGUUUAUUGAGGAUUUCGUGUCGAAUUGGGUGCUUUUGCAUGAGGAUGCUUGGAUAAUGCCAAGUGAGGUGCUGAACUGGACAAAGUUUAUCAAGGAUAAGCACCCGGAGAAGGUGGAUUGGGCUGGGUUGUUCUGGUUCAUGGUGGAGAAGGAGUUGAUACGGGGUGAGAAGUUGGAAGACUGUUAUUACGCAGCACAUUUGCAGUGUUUAAUUAAGUCCCAACGUGAAGUGUUGUUCAGUGAGGAGCCUGACAAGGUACAACAUGAAGAGGGUUUCUUGGCUGAGGAGACUGAGAAGGUACAACAUGAAAGCAGGCUGUUCACCGAGGAGCCUGCCAAUGUGGAAGUCAAGGAAGUGGAAGACGGUGGUGGUGAGAGUGAUGUGAAAGUUGGAGGUUUGGCUGAGGGUCAAGAAGAAGGGACUCUGAUCAAAGAGCUAAAUGUUGAGCUGACAUUGGGCCAGGAAUCCCGGGAUGUCCAGGAGAUGGAAAUGGGCCCGGAUGUUCAGGAGGUGGAAGAUGUGAAGGAUGUGGAGAUGAUGAAUUUCGAGGAGCACGUGGAAGAAGAGCAAGAGGAGGAGGGGGAGGAACGGGGACCCUUUUUGCAGAAGUGUAUGAGAGAAGGUAUAAGUUUGGAUGAGAAUGAGCAGACAGAAGAAGAAAAUGAAGAGUUGGAGGAAGAAGAUGAAGAGCAAGAGGGGGAGGAGGAUGGUUUAGCUCUUCCGCCUCUUGUUGAUACUCUUGGUGUUGGUGGGGAUGGACAUGCUGAAAAUUAUCUUGAAGCCAUGGAGACAACCCAGAUUGCACUUGAUUCUCAUGGCCAUUUUCCCUGUCAGUCCUCGGUUGACCUUCUUGCUUCUAGAACUGAUCUGAAUUCUGGCGGCACAUUUUUUGACCAUGGCGGUAAAAGAGGCGUUGAGCAUGAUGAAGGCAUUGGCAGUCAUUCUCUAGGGGGCAAUAAGCGAUUGAGGAUGGACGGUCCAUGGGAUAACAAGCCAUUGGGGGACUUUGGGACAUGCAUUGAGCAAAUGCAACAAUUGAUGACAAGAGCUAGGAUGAUGUAUGAAGCAAAGGAACAAAAUGAGCAAGAAUGUAGCUUGUAUAAUCAAUAUUUGCUUGCUGAGUUGCAAAAGCGUGAUGACAUGGUUCAGCACCUUGACAAGGCUAGGCGUGAAGAAACUCAAAAAAGAGAUCAGCAGAUUUAUCGUCUUGAACGUGAACUUUUCAUGAUGGGCAAUAUUUUGGAGGGUUAUAGGAAGGCAUUGAAAAAUACCCACAUGGCAUUUGCUGAAUAUAGGUUGCAAGCUCAGCUUCCCGAGGAACCAGUUUACAAGGAUUCUGGGCCUGGUGGUCUUGUGUUGAGCACUACUGAAAUUGAGAAACUUCGAUGUAAACAAGAAGAGGAAUAUCGAUCAAAUUGCUUGAUGUUGGAGCUGAAAGCAAGAGAAGUCGAGGAAGGUUACGUUACUGAAUUCGAAAUGCAUAUGAACAAAGUUCUUGCACUGGACAACAGGUUGACAAUUCUCUCUGACAAUCUGAAGGAACUUAAGGAAAUGCAUGAUAAGAGAAAAGCUCCAGAAACUCAGCAAAUUUCAAUGGAAACACCAAAUGAUUGA